ACACGGAUCGGAAACCCCUUUCUAGCCUCUUCCUUUCUCUGUCCACAAGCAAGAUGCCAGGUGUUACAGUGAAAGACGUCAACCAGCAGGAAUUUGUUCGUGCCCUUGCAGCCUUUCUGAAGAAGUCAGGAAAGCUAAAGGUACCAGACUGGGUUGAUCUCGUUAAGCUGGGCAGGCACAAGGAACUGGCCCCCAGUGAUGAGAACUGGUUCUACAUUAGAGCUGCGUCCACAGUGCGCCACCUUUACCUUCGUGGGGGUGCUGGUGUUGGCUCCAUGACUAAAAUCUAUGGUGGUCGUAAGAGGAACGGCGUCUGUCCUGCCCACUACAGCGUUGGGUCUAAGAAUGUGGCGCGUAAGGUGCUGCAGGCCCUUGAGCUGCUCAAGAUGAUUGAGAAGGACCCCAAUGGUGGUCGCAGACUAACGCCACAGGGAACCAGGGAUCUGGACAGAAUUGCUGGCCAGGUUGCAGCUGCAAGCAAGAAAUCUGCUUAAUAAAUGUUUUGGAUUAACUGAA